AUGGCCAAUAAAAGAAGACCAAAGAAGUACAAAGUGCCAUUCAAAAAAUAUGGUCCCAAUGGAAUAAUAUCGACCAAGUUGUCAGCAAAUGAUUUUAAACAGAAAGAACAGCAAGAAAGGGAACAAGAACGUGAUUCGGGAUACUAUAAUUACUCCAGCAAGAACGCUAAGGAUGAUGAGGAUAUGUUCUAUACGUAUUCUUACGGGGACUCCAAGAAGUCUUCCGAAGAAGACUAUUAUGGCAAGGGGGAGACGAUGACGAACAAGGAUGGAAAUACUGCGGGCAAGCAGCAGUUAGAAAUCAAUCGAGAUCUACCCAUGAAAUUGCCAGCAGAAUUAUGUGAGUUGGUCCUUCAGUUUUUGUCCUAUCCUGAUGGAUUAAAUUUGAAGUUUUUCUUGGUUUCUAAACUAUGGUACGUUUUGUGCUUGAAGAUAUUGUACGAAAAACCGGUUUUGAACCCUUUGAAUUUCAACAAGUUUGUUGAUUCGAUGACGAAUCCGUCAAUUGUCAGCUAUGUCAACCUUUUAUAUACUUCGAAAUUCUUUCAAUAUGGUGAUAAUAAUUCAACGAAUAUGAAUACAAUUACUACAAACUCAACUUCCAUGAAGCGACAAUUAAAAUACUCGAAAACUCCAUUAGUGAAGACCCUUGAUCUACGAAAUAUUGUACAAGCAGGGAAGAAUUCUAACAUCACGAAAAUACUUAGACGAUGCUCGUCUAGCUUAUCGGAACUACUGGCGCCACAAACCAGUUUUGGGUUAACCUCAUUAAACAUUUUGAAAAUGUGUCAUCAUUUGGUGACAUUGGAUUUAUCGUUAGUUUCGGAAACUGUGAACUUACUUGAUUUACUUAAUUCCAUCAAGGAACUUAAUCAAUUGAAAGUCCUAAAGUUCCCCAGAAGCUCUAUUAAUUGCAACUUGAAUAGUAGUAGCGUAUUCUCAGAAAUCAAGGAUCAUGAAAUCACCUUUGAAUGGCCCAAAAACUUAGAACAACUAAAACUCAGUGGUGGUAUUACAAACGAGUUUUUAAUGGAUUUGAAUUUCCCAGCAAAUUUGACUAGUUUAGAGUUCCAGCACUGCCCAUUGAUCAAAGACUAUUCUAUCUAUUACCUUCUUGGUAAAGUAGGGUUCAACUUGAAACAUUUGUCAAUAAUAUACCCGAUGCCAAACCUCAAAGAUAAUUCUCUUGAUUUGAUGUUCAAAUAUUGUCCAUUUAUUGAAAGUCUAGAAAUCUUCGUUGACUACAUAUCACAAUGGUCCUUUAGUGAAAUCAACUUUCCUUGGAUUAUCAACUCAAGACAUAUACCAAACUAUCAAUUCAAUUCUAAUCGAGAGAACGUUCUAAUUGAUGGUGGUAAAAGAGCUGCCGGUUACGGUUAUGGAGUUGGCAAGAAUGAGCUCGCGAAAAGAAACUAUCUUAUUGAUGCAGAAGAUUAUGAUAUCAGCCUAAGAAAUAUCAUUAUAUCCACGACACAAAACUAUUUUGAAGAAGAAGAUGAUGAGGAUGAGAAUCAGGAAGAUAGUGAUGAUGCAUCUCCAGUAAAAGAUGCAGAUGGAACGGAUGGAAACAAUAAACGAAGGAAAAUCAAUUAUAAGGAGUUGGGACUUGAAAGUCUAAGACCAUUGAAAUCAAUUUAUUUGGGGUCUUCGGGUACUUUAGGCCAAUCCAAUAAAAUACAUCCUGAUGAUUUACUUAUUGCCCUUGCUGAGCAGAGAUUGCCGUAUUUAAAGACUUUGCAAAUAUCCAACAGGGUUGGGUGGAGUGUCAGAGAUGAAUCGAUGCUGCAAUUGGUGGAUUUAUUCGAUUCCCAUGGGGGGAAUAUUUAUAUGUGUCCAUAA